AUGGCUGAGCAGGGCUGGUGUGAGGAAGAAAGACGCACUGAGUGGACAUACGACUGGUAUAGGGACGAUUCCACAUUCUACACAUCCCACACAACACAGGAGUUCAGCAUCAGCUCUGUUAGAAAUGAUCAUUAUGGUAAAUACACCUGCAGAGGGAGGAGAAGUGACUCUCAGAUCUCAAAGAUGAGUGAUCCUGUUACACUCUCUGUAUCAGAAAAACCCAAACCGACUGUGAGUGUGAAUCCUCAGAGCUCCGUCUACACUGGAGACAGAGUUACUCUGAGCUGUAAUCUGCAGUCUACUGGAUGGAGGUUUUUCUGGUACAAAAAUGAUCAGAAAUCAAAUCUGUUGUCCCCCGAGGACCCCGACACCAACACACUCAGUGCAACAGUCUCUAAUGAAGGACAAAUAAAGUACUACUGUAAAGCACGCAGGGGAAACUUCGACUCAGAGUUCAGUGAUCCAGCCACGAUUACAGUGAGAGUGAGACCAAAGCCUGUAGUGAAAGUACAGGCAGCUGAGCGUGUGUUCAUUGGGGAAACCGUCACUUUCUCAUGUGAGGUACAGACUGGAGGAUCCUGGCAGUACCACUGGUAUAGAGAUAAUAAAGAACUCAGUGAUGCUGCAGGAAAUAAUCAAUACACAAUCUCUAAUGUUAAAGCCUCUGAUAAAGGUGAUUACACAUGUAAAGGAACAAAGUCAUCAGACCCAGAAUACACACAGCCCAGUGAUGCUGUUACACUGACUGUAUCAGAAAAACCUAAACCUGAACUCACAUCAGACCUUAAAGGAGCUGCACUGACAGGAAACUCAGCGACUCUGUCCUGUACACUGAAGCUGCAGUCUGCUGGAUGGAAGUUUUACUGGAUCAAACCCACACAGAGCACUGAGACUGAGACUGAAACACACUCCUACACCAUCAGAUCAGUUAGAGUCUCUGAUGGAGGUCAGUACAAGUGCAGAGCUGGAAGAGGAAACCCAGUCUACUACACACACUACAGUGAUGCACUCUGGGUAAAUGUUACUGAGAGUCCUAAACCUGUGGUGAUUAUAGAGCCUGAUACACAGGUGUUCAGAGGAGAGAGAGUGACUUUCAGGUGUGACAUACAGAGAGGAGGAGACACUGAGUGGACAUACAGCUGGAAUAAGAAUGAUCACACACUCUACUCAGACAGAACAACACAGGAGUUCAGCAUCAGCUCAGUUACAGACUCUGACGGUGGUAAAUACACCUGCAGAGGGAGGAGAAGUGACUCUCAGAGCUCAGAGAUCAGUGAUCCUGUUACACUCUCUGUAUCAGAAAAACCCAAACCGACUGUGAGUGUGAAUCCUCAGAGCUCCGUCUACACUGGAGACAGAGUUACUCUGAGCUGUAAUCUGCUGUCUACUGGAUGGACUUUUCUCUGGUACCAAGGUUAUUGGCCAUUAAAACCUCUGACCUCUGUAGCUACAGUGACCAACACACUAAUUGUGACAGUCUCUAAUGAAGGACAAAAAUAUUGCUACUGUAAAGCACGCAGGGGAAACUACAACUCAGAGAUCAGUUAUCUAGCCACGAUUACAGUGAGAGCGAGACCAAAGCCUGUAGUGAAAGUACAGGCAGCUGAGCCUGUGUUCAUUGGGGAAACCGUCACUUUCUCCUGUGAGAUACAGACUGGAGGAUACUGGCAGUACCACUGGUAUAGAAAUAAUAAAGAACUCAGUGAUGCUGCAGGAAAGAAAAUGUACACAAUCACUGAUGUUAAAGCCUCUGAUAAAGGUGAUUACACAUGUAAAGGAACAAAGUCAUCAGACCCAAAAUACACACAGAUCAGUGAUGCUGUUACACUGACUGUGUCAGAAAAACCUAAACCUAAACUCACAUCAGACCUUAAAGGAGCUGCACUGACAGGAAACUCAGUGACUCUGUCCUGUACACUGAAGCUGCAGUCUGCUGGAUGGAAGUUUUACUGGAUCAAACCCAGACAGAGCACUGAGACUGAGACUGGAAUACACUCCUACACCAUCAGAUCAUUCACAGUCUCUGAUGGAGGUCAGUACAAGUGCAGAGCUGGAAGAGGAAACCCAGUCUACUACACACACUACAGUGAUGCACUGUGGGUAAAAGUUACUGAGAGUCCUAAACCUGUGGUGAUUAUAGAGCCUGAUACACAGGUGUUCAGAGGAGAGAGAUUGACUUUCAGGUGUGACAUACAGAGAGGAGGAGACACUGAGUGGACAUACAGCUGGAAUAAGAAUGAUCACACACUCUACUCAGACAGAACAACACAGGAGUUCAGCAUCAGCUCAGUUACAGACUCUGACGGUGGUAAAUACACCUGCAGAGGGAGGAGAAGUGACUCUCAGAGCUCAGAGAUCAGUGAUCCUGUUACACUCUCUGUAUCAGAAAAUCCUAAACCUGAACUCACAUCAGACCUUAAAGGAGCUGCACUGACAGGAAACUCAGUGACUCUGUCCUGUACACUGAAGCUGCAGUCUGCUGGAUGGAAGUUUUACUGGAACAAACCCACACAGAGCACUGAGACUGAGACUGAAACACACUCCUACACCAUCAGAUCAGUUAGAGUCUCUGAUGGAGAGAGUCCUAAACCUGUGGUGUCUAUAAAGCCUGAUACACAGGUGUUCAGAGGAGAGACUGUGACUUUCAGGUGUGACAUACAGGAAGGAAGAGGCACUGAGUGGACAUACGACUGGUAUAGGGACGAUUCCACAUUCUACCCAUCCCACACAACACAGGAGUUCAGCAUCAGCUAUGUUGAAAAUGAUCACGGUGGUAAAUACACCUGCAGAGGGAGGAGAAGUGACUCUCAGAUCUCAAAGACGAGUGAUCCUGUUACACUCUCUGUAUCAGAAAAACCUAAACCUGAACUCACAUCAGACCUUAAAGGAGCUGCACUGACAGGAAACUCAAUGACUCUGUCCUGUACACUGAAGCUGCAGUCUGCUGGAUGGAAGUUUUACUGGAUCAAAGACACACAGAGCACUGAGACUGAGACUGAAACACACCACUGCUUCAUCAGAUCAGUUAGAGUCUCUGAUGGAGGUCAGUACAAGUGCAGAGCUGGAAGAGGAAACCCAGUCUACUACACACACUACAGUGAUGCACUGUGGGUAAAAGUUACUGGUGGAUCUCCUCCAGUGUCUCUGAUCGUCAGUCCCAGCAGAACUCAACACUUUACUGCUGACUCUCUCUCACUGAGCUGUGAGGACCAGAGUGACUCUACUGGAUGGACAGUGAGAGGAUACACACACAGUGAGGCAUUGUUCGAUUGUUCAUCAGUUUCAGGAUCUACAUGUAACAUCAGCUCCCUCUCUACAUCACACACUGGAGUUUACUGGUGUCAGUCUGAAUCUGGAGGACGUAGUAAUUCUGUCAACAUCACAGUGCACAAUGGUGAUGUGAUCCUGGACAGUCCUGUCCAUCCCGUAACUGAGGGAAAUCCUCUGACUUUACGCUGUUUAUAUCGCAACACAAAAAACUCACACUCUGGUGUUGAUUUCUGUAAAAAUGAUUCCAUCCUCCAGUCCCAGACUACAGGAGAGAUGACCAUCCACACUGUCUCAAAGUCAGAUGAAGGUUUCUACCACUGUAAACACCCAGAAAGAGGAGAGUCACCGAAAAGCUGGGUUUCAGUCAGAGUUUCAGCUUAUGGAUCCACUGGUGUAAUUAUAGGACUGAGUUCGGCCUUCGCGUUUGUCAUCUUAAUGAUCUUACUGAUUCUGCUGUUGAAGUACAAGAAGAAAAAAGGUGUAGAAUAUCAGACUCCUUCUGCAGUAAAUCAGGACACCAAUCAGCCUGCAGAUGCUGAAAAUAUCUAUGAAAAUGCUGCUAUCAGGACCACAGUUGAUUCUGCAGCUGGCUCCAGCAAUACAAUCUAUUCACAGGUUGUGACUAGAAAAAAGAAACAAAAUGAUGAUUCAGCCAGAGGGUCAGGUGAUGUGAUAUACUCCCAAAUUGAGAUGAAAAACUUUAAACGUCACAGUGAAGAUGACUCUGCAUCAGGACCAAGUGAUGUGAUUUACUCCGUGAUUAAAUCUAAUAACAUGAGACCCAAGGAUGCUGCCAGCAAGCCGAGUGAUGUGACUUAUGCUGAAAUUGACCUGAAAAGACAAAAGAAACCAAACAGAAAACAAGGAAAGAGCAGUGAGGGAGGUGACACUGUUUACUCAGAACUGAAGCAGGAAAUAGAUAAAGGGGAUUUCACUGAAACUGCUGAUGCAACUUAUGCCCAGGUUAGGAAAAAGGGCAAAAGAGAUAAUGCAGGACCCUAUUAAAGGAGGAAAAAUUGGUCUGUCGCUAUGAAAAAUGAUGUAAGUGAAGUGAAGUGACGUGACUUGUGGCCAAGUAUGGUGACCCAUACUCGGAAUUUGUACUCUACAUUUAACCCAUCCAAGUGCACACACACCCGGAGCAGUGGGCAGCCUUUUUUGCUGCGGUGCCCGGGGAGCAGUUGGGGGUUUGGUGCUUUGCUCAAGGGUCUCACCUCAGUCGUGGUAUUGAGGGUGGAAGAGAGCACUAGUCAUUCACUCCCCCCACCUACAAUCCCUGCCGGACCUGAGACUCGAGCCCACAACCUUCAGGUUCACCUUCGGGUUGCAAGUCCGACUCUCUAUCCAUUAGGCCACGACUGUCCCCAUGUAUAGCAAUGGCUGAGCUGCAUUACUGGAAGUUUUGUUUUUAUUUGUCAAGAAUCUACACAAAAUAGUCUAUAGAUUGAAGUGGGGGAAUAUGUUUGCAAAAUGUAUUAUUUCUAAAUUAAAAACAGAAGUUGUGAUUGCAUAAGUAUUCACCUCCAUUGCUGUUCAACACAAAAAUUAGUUGUUCUACAACGAGGAAUGGGUACAGCAUCAGAUUGUUAUCUUUCUAAGGAAGAUAACAGGAAGGAAUUUUAAUUUAUGGUCCUGGGUUUUUUGGUCUAUUUUGUCCCCUAGAGGAAUAUUAAAAAAUAAUUAAUAAAUAAAUAAAUAAAUUCGUUUGUGGGGAAAGAUUACAACCCUUCUCUGGCUGAUCUUGGACUGCAGGGUAUAUGUUUAACACUCCUGAUAAAUUUGUCAAUUUGUCAUUUUCAGCUGUCUGUGAGCUUUACCUAUAAUGAGUUUUGUUGAUUUCACUAAAUGUAAGUCAUCUGUGCUGUGGAUAUUCUUAGUAAUUUAAUCCUCACUGUCUCUGGGUGGCUUACUGGGUUGAGUGCUCACCUCUGAUUGCUGGAGGCCAGGUUUCAUGAGUGACCUCUCUGUUAUAUGCACAUGACAAUAGGCAUUUAUGAAACAUUUUAGAAUUUUUCAUUUGGUUGGCUUAACAAAGAAUUUACACACAACUUUAUUAAAUUAUUGACAAAUCACACCCAAUAGUCAUUUAUAUCAUUAAUAAAUAAAUUAUAUGAAAUAUCCUUUUUCUGUAGGUUCAUGAAGAAAUUUCAAAGUGUCCAAUCAGGAAUUGUUGAAGCAGCCAAAUAACAUAGGGAAACAAACAUGGUUAAAAAAAUAAAAACAUUUAGAGGAGCACUGUAGUUUUUGAAAAGCUUGUAUUUUUCGCAGUACUCAAAUCUAAGCAUUUUAGAUACUCCUGACUGGGAUGUUAAGGGAGGAGCAGGAUGUGUAUUUGUAUUUAUCCACACACACUGGAUGAGAAUUGGCUUUAUCGAUUUUAAACUAAGUUGCUAGUUAUUUCAUUUACUCAUAAACUCAGUAUAACUAAUAAAUUGGCAAUUCUGUGUAUAUUACUGAGUGUUGGUUAAUAUUUUAAUAAUAAUCCUAAUUAGAGAAAAAAACAUGUACAAAAUACAUGUUCCUUCAGUAUUUCUAUUGACAAAAUUUUACAUUCUUUUCCACAUUAUUUUGUUCGAGUUAAGAAUUUUAUAUUUAUUUUUGUGUUUGUUUACUCACUAUUACUUACUUAUGCUAUUUACCUAUUAGUGGAUUGUGAAAGUAAAAAUUCUAGCAUUGCAUUUUAGAGCUUAGGAAUAAUCAGCUAUUCUUUCCUCACUGCUUUAAACAGUCAAUGAUGCAGUAUUGUCCUUAAGUGAGCAGUGUGCUUGUGCUGGCUCAUGGACGACUGUUUUUUUUUUUGUUUUUUUUAACUUUUUUAAACUUUGACCGCUAAUCUAUUCAAGUGCCUCUUCAAUAUUAUUUUUACAAUAGAUUUUCUUUAGUAUUUUUACAAGUAUUGAGUUAAAUUGAGUUUAGAUGUUACAGGAACAAAAAAAAUAUAAGGCUGUAUACAUGCUGUGUGAAAAGCUUUGAAUAACAAUUAACCUUAGCAAUUCUCUUUUUUUAUUAUGGUAUUUUUAUGAAUUUAUUUUGUUUGGAAAAAAAAAAAAUUAUUUUGUUUGUUUUAUUAUUCACUUCUUAUGUGUUUUGAUGCCAGUAUUAUAAUUCUAGACUAUAUGUAUAUAUAUA